UCGUGGCCUGAGGUGGCUUGACAAGUGGCACUCUCUCACAACCCUGUGCUCUUUGCUUUCGAACCAGUAACCCUCUCUCUCUCUCUCUCUCUCUCUCUCUCUCUCUCUCUGUCUUUCUGUCGCGCUUGACUAGCUUACCGCGUGCUGAAGAAAUAAACCAAGUACACACAACUUUCUCACGCUCAAAUACACAAACACUUGCUCUGUGUUUGUUUCCUGAGCGGCAGGAGCCAUGGUUUCUUCCGAACGACGGUCGUUUUCGAGCUCGACUGGCUCCACGGCGGCGGCUUCGUCGUCGUCGUCUUCGUCUGGCUCUGCGACGGGCGUUUCGGUGGAUAGGUUUGGCGGCGCGGCGGAUCGGAUGGUGAAGGAGGAGCUCGAGGCGGCGGAGGCGCUCGCGGAUUUGGCGCAUUUGGCGAUGCGGGAGAGUAGCGGCGCUGAAUCCGCGGGGAAUUGGGGGCUGAAAGGGAAGCGGGCCAAGAAGCGAGUCAAGAGCGAGUCUCCUCCGGGUCAUUUGGGUUUGAACCCGGUUGACCCUGUUCCCACCUGUCCGGAUCUUUCUCAGCAGGACCAAGCAGUAACAGGUCUGCGGCAAUGUGAAACGGUUUGCACCAAUGUAGUAACGGAACUGCUGAAGACUGAGCAGGUUCUGAGCAAUGAGAUUGUGAAGGCUGAGCAUGAUGCUGAAGUAACAAAGUUAAGUCCAAUUUGCACUACAAGUUACCCAUCAUUCAGUUGCAGCAAGUCAAGGCGGAAUUUAACUGAGGAGGAGAAGGAAGAGCGGAGAAUACGCAGAAUAUUGGCCAACAGAGAGUCAGCCAGACAGACAAUUCGUCGGAGGCAGGCUCUGUGUGAGGAGUUAACCAGAAAAGCUGCUGAUCUGGCAUUGGAGAAUGAAAAUUUAAAAAAGAAAAAGGAGUUGGCCUUAAAGGAGUAUCAGUCUUUGGAGAAAACAAAUAAGCACUUGAAAGUUCAGAUGGCUAAGGUGAUAAAGGCAGAGGUGGAGGAAACACCAAGUGAAAAUAUGUCAGCCUAUGUGCAGAUGCAGAUACCUCCUUCUUCACCUAGUAAUUCCCCAUUAUUCUUGUUUAACCGUCCACCAUUUACACCGGUUUUUUGGCCUUCUAUCAUUCAGUCUUCAAAUUCCGUUCAGUUGCAACAUGUAUCACAAAAUCCGAUGGCCAUUCCAUCAAAUAUCCCUUUGCCAGCUAAUGGUACAGCUGAUUCUUCUCAUGAACAAGAAAACCCCUUGACCAAUAAUGGAACAAGAACUCCUUUAUAUGUAUUUCCGUGCCCUUGGUUCAUCCCUCAUUUUGAUAAUGGGAAUGGACUCCAACCCCAGUCCUCCUUGUGCCUGAACAAUAAACAAGAAGAAACUUCUUUUAAUAACCAGUACAGUGCUAGUUCAUCUUCAAGAACUGUUGCACAGUUAGACAACCACCAUUGCUCUUUCCCUAUUAGAUUAAAAGCAGAAGCUUCUGGCUCGAUGGAAGCCAGACUUUCAAAUGAUCUUAAUGAAACGCCAGCUCAGUUUCCUCUGGAUGGAGCCGAUCAGCAUACAGGACCUUAUCCUAAGGAAAAUGGUCCUAAGGAGAUAUUCCUUACUCCUGCGUCAGCAAACCAUGAAAGAGUUGCAUCUAGUAUCAAGCAUGAGAAUGGGUUUGAGUCAGAUUACACCGCAACAGCUGAAAAAUCUUUUCAUAUGUUCUCUGCCUUGCCAGAGAAGAAUAGUGAACCAAUCAUCUACCCUAAUAGGAAACUGGCGGAUGCAAUUGCUGCAGCUGAGGCGAGAAAGAGGAGGAAGAAACUCACAAAGCUAAAGAAUCUUCAAGGCCGGCAGUGUCGGGCGCACUGUUGAGCUUUAAAACCCAAGUGCAGGUUAAGAGAUUCUCUCCUGGUUUUCAUGCAAGUCCUUUUAUUUUAAGGACUUCUUGGAGAUUGAGUCAAGAGCAGAUCACCUAACCUUAAUUAUAGAAGGUUAUUGAGUCAUUGACAGAAAAGAUGUGUGCCUAUAAUUUAGGUACAUCUUUAAGGCCUUUACUUUGACUUUAUAUGUUGUUUCAAGGUGUGGACGGAAACUGGAAAUUUUGUACUGCCUGUCAAUAUGUAUGGGUAGCUUUUCAUUAUCAAAUUAUUGAGAAGC